AAUCUCGAUUUAAAUUUAAUUUGCAAUCUCCCUAAACACAAAGAAAGAAAAAGAAUAGGGAGAUUCCAAGCACAUCAUUACACGACUUGAUUUCCUUCCUUUCAAAGAAAAGCACAAAAUUUAAGGAUUUCAGAUUAUGUUUCUUGUCUGAAAGGGACAUCCUUCGGCCUAAAAUAAUUUUCAUUUUUUUUUUAAAUUUUUAUUCUUUUUUCAAAUGAGUUCCGAUGAUGUAUCCUCUCUACCUUCCAAAAAGGUUUCCAGGAAGCCCAUAUAUUCAAGAUUUACUCAGCAAGAACUCCCCGCCUGCAAACCGAUUCUUACUCCUGCAUUGGUCAUUGGAAUUCUCAUCUGCCUCGCCAUAAUCUUCAUUCCAAUCGGUCUGCUCGCUCUUUCCGCAUCAGAGAAUGUGGUUGAAGUGGUGGACCGUUAUGACGACGCGUGCAUUCCAUCGACGAACCAGAAGGUUGGCUUCAUCAAAGAUCCUGCAACAAACAAGACCUGCAUCAGGAGCUUAACUGUUCCGAAGAAGAUGAGGAAGCCAAUCUAUGUGUAUUACCAGCUUGAUAACUUCUAUCAAAACCAUAGGAGAUAUGUGAAAAGUAGAAGUGAUCGUCAGCUGUGGAGCCCGAAAUCCGAGUCUAGCACCAAUUUGUGUGAUCCAGAGGGGCAGACGGGUGAUGGUAAGCCCAUCGUCCCGUGUGGGCUCAUUGCUUGGAGUUUGUUCAACGACACCUACGCGUUGUCCAAGAAUGACGCAGCUCUACAGAUUAACAAGAAGGACAUCGCUUGGAGAAGCGAUAGAACUCAUAAAUUCGGACCCAAUGUCUACCCCAAGAACUUCCAAAAUGGCCCCUUGAUUGGGGGUGGAAAACUUGAUGAGAAUAUACCUCUGAGCCAGCAAGAGGAUCUGAUGGUAUGGAUGAGGACUGCAGCGCUGCCCACGUUCAGGAAACUAUACGGGAAGAUCGAGACGGACCUCGAGGCAAACGAGAGGAUCACAGUGACAAUACAGAACAACUACAAUACAUACUCCUUCAAUGGCAAGAAGAAGCUGGUGAUCUCAACCGCGACGUGGAUUGGUGGCAAGAACGACUUCAUCGGCAGAAUGUACAUGGCCAUCGGAGGCACCAGCCUUGUUCUUGCUGUCAUUUUCUCACUUCUCUAUGUUUUCAAGCCAAGGCCUUUGGGAGAUCCCUCCUAUCUAUCAUGGAACAAGAAUCCACAAUGAAGUUACUAUGAUUCUCUCUCUUGUUUAGAGAGAGGAGGGGUAAAGCAGUUCUUGUAACAUUUUUUCUUCAUGGGAUUGCUGUAUUUUUUUUUUCUUUAUUUUUUACAGACUUAUAUCAGCACCAAGGAAUUCAUGACUAGCUGAGAAAUUUCUCUUCGAGAAUUUCUGUUACUGAGAAUUUUGCUUCUUCAAUUGAUCAUAUUUAUGCUUCAUUGUAUUUAGCAAGUGGGAUUUAUUGUAAUGAGCUGUUUUGAAUGAAAGUGAUUUAUUGAUUUCA